AUGAAGGGUUUUGUGAAUAAGCUCACUUCAGAGUUAGAAAAGCUUUCCGUGUCUUCACCUCCUCCAAAGAAAAAUGUCACAAGUGUCAAUGCUACCAAUGCGAUUGUUAAGAAUGAAACAUACUCAGCAAUAAGCGACACUGCCCAGCCUUCAUCAACCAAUCGACCUCUCUCAGCAGCAACUCCAUCUAUUGCACAAUCGUCUCCCAUCACCCGACAUAUUACCAACAAUAACGAAUUUAACGAUAUUUCUCUGAAAGUGCAUGACAAUCCAGUUGCCAACAACAGCACGAGCAGCAACCAAUUACCAACACAAAACUAUGAGGCAAGCCAAUUUUUGGCCAUUCUUCAACAAAGUAUUACAAAGCCUCAAGGCAAUACGCACCAUCAUGAUGGUGUGGCGACAUAUGUCGAUGAGCGAUUGAACAAUUUGGAGCAAGCACUCUCUAUUAGAGAGAGUAAGGGAGAAGUUUUUUCAAGAUUGAGACAAGUCGAGGAACGAGUGUUAAAGAUUGAGGAAAGCCAAAAUAUGGGAGUAGCCUCUCAAAAACAGGAAGCCUCCAAUGAUUCUGCCAAUGAAAAUGCACGUGAAGCCACAAUGCCACCCAUGAACGAAACACCAUACAACUCGGAUGAAUUUUUCUUUAAUGAUGAGCUUGACAAUUUCUGCUUUACGAUGGACGUUGAUCCUCCCCUACGAUCGGGAGACAGUCACGAUCAUCAUCAUCAUGAAGAGGAUGACUUCUCCCUGUUUGAAUAA